AGAUGAAGGGCAAGCUUGUUCUUCAGGAUGGUUCCUGCUUUGAGGGAACAUUGUUUGGGGCUGAAAAAAGCAUAGCUGGUGAAGUUGUCUUCCAGACUGGGAUGGUCGGCUACACGGAGUCCCUCACAGACCCAUCCUACUGCUCCCAGAUACUCAUCCUCACCUACCCUCUGAUCGGCAACUACGGCGUGCCGCCGCACGAGAACGACGAGUACGGAUUGAACCGCUGGUUUGAGUCGUGGCGCAUCUGGGCAUCCGGACUCGUUGUCGGCGCAAUACUCGCACUGGGCGGCGGCCAUCUACGGAAUCGACACAAGGGCUCUAACUAUAAGAAGAUACGUGAGCAUGGUACCAUGCUGGGAAAGAUUGUGGCAGAAGGCAACAUGCCUGAAUCUUUUCCAUUUCACGACCCUAACGUUAUAAAUCUAGUCAAAGGAGUCUCGAUCAAGGAACCAGUGGUCUACAACCAACAAGGAACUCCCAGUAUUGUCUGCGUUGACUGCGGACUCGGGUUUAAUCAGAUACGCUGCCUGGUCACACGCGGGGCGAAGGUGACAGUUGUGCCUUGGGAUCAUCCACUGAGAAGCAACGAAUAUGAUGGCCUUUUUUAUAAGCAAUGGCCCUGGAGAUCCGACCCAGUGUGUUACCACCAUUACCAAUCUACGGAAGUUGAUAGAAGAAGAGAAUUGCAAACCGGCAUUCGGUAUCUGUCUCGGUCACCAGUUGCUUUCAUUAGCAGCUGGUGCAAAAUCAUUUAAGAUGAGCUACGGCAAUCGCAGCCACAACCAACCGUGCACGCACCAUGGCACCGAGCGCUGCUGCAUCACCACGCAGAACCAUGGCUUUGC